GGGCCCCGGAGGGCUCUGCGCUGCUGAGGGAAAAAGGCGGGAAAGUAAUCCCCGCCUGCAAUUAGCGCAAUUAGCAGGGGGAGAUUAUGGCCAAGACUUCCGAAAAGCUGGAAUAAAACGCUUCAGUCGUCUGUGCCCUCCUGGUGUCACAAGGCUGGCCCUGAGACGGGAAGUGUCCGUGCUGGGCCCACAAAUAGGUCAAAUACAUGUUUGGGUUUACAGAUAAUAAACGCUGAAGCACACAGACGCAGAGCCCUCACAGCCCCCUCGAUGUGCACAGCACCACAGCCGGGCCCACGCUGAGCCCGAGGGCAGCAGGUGCUGAGGGACCGGAGCAGGGCAGCGAGCUCUGACCCAAGUCCAACAGAACCCAUUUAGAGCUGUGAAUAAAGGCCCUUCAUCCCGGGUUUGUUUCCCCUGCAGUCUCCAUUAAGCAGUUCUCUAAACAAGCGGAGUCCCAGCAGCAGAUGGAGGUACACAGAACAUUGCACCACUCUGGCUGAAUUCCCUAAGAAAUAAAAAACAAGUCAAACCAGAGAGGAAGCAAAGAGGAGCUUUUCUGUUUAUCUGAUAAGUGUAUGAGACCAGCAGAACAAUGACAUCCACUGCAAGGACCAGCUGCACCUCCGGCCCAAACCAGAAGCACAGGGGCAGUAACCAUCACUCCAGACAGAGCUGCAACACUGUGGACACAGAUAGCCAGUCUCUGUCUACACUUGGAUACUUUAAAACUCUGCCAUUAGAGAUCUUCCAAAUGCUGUUGAGCUAUCUUUCAGUGAAGGACAUCAGUGUGCUGAGCAUGGUGUCAAAAGCCAUCAGCAACCGCCUUAUUAAUUACAUCUCAACCCCAUCAGGAAACCGAAGGCUCUUACUGCAAGACUUUCAUAACAUCAAGCUGUCUGGCAAGAGAGAAGGGUCCUAUAUAAUAGAGCACUACAAAUCUCUAGGAUUGUUGCUUAAGAGAUGCACCCUUCUGUUACCUACCAAAGACAGGCUGAAGUACAUACACAAGGUUCUCUCUGAAGUAUCCUGCUUUAAACUCAAUGGCUGUCCGAGCCCUUUGCACUGUGUAGGAUUACAGUGCUACGGGGUAUUUUUGCAGAUCCUAAUAGCAGGCUGGGAUGAGUUGGAGUGUCACCGGGUCUUCAACUUCCUCUGUGAGCUGAGCAAUUUACCCCGUAAAGUACAGGCAGUCGUCAGCUGCAAGCCAGGAAGUGCCAGAAAGCUCGAGCUGAGGAUCAGGCUGUUCUGCAGGAGUGUCCUGCUGAACCAUUGGAUCCAUCGGAGUGAUUCUGCAUUUUGGUUGACUCGGAUUUUAAAGCCGUGGCCAAUGGUCAACCAGGCUCGCCUGCUGUACAUCAUCUUUGGGCCAGUGUCCUCUCUCGAUGGACACGUGGUUUGGCAGAAAAUGAUAGAAGGACCAACAGAUGAGACCAGUCUGAAAGGUUUAGCAGAUGCCAUUAAGCUCCUGUACGACCCAGAAGCAAGAGAAUGGACAGCAGACGAUGUUAUCAGCCUUGUGGAUGAGCUGUCAGUUGUUCCCCGGGAGUGGCUGCUGGAGAACAAUGCUCGGCUUCUCAUUCUGAGUGGAAACAACAUUUGCUUCACUUUCAUGGCCAGCAAAGCUGUGAAUGGAAGAGCUGUGGAGUUAGCCAGACUUGUGGUCUUCCUGGCCUUGGUCUGUGAGAAGGACCUGUACUGCAUGGACUGGGCAGUAAAAAUGAUGCAGAAGGUCUGCAAAGUUUUCAGCACCCCAGGAGAGAGAAACAUCUUCCUGCAGAGUGUGGAGAACGCCUUUGCUCACAUGGUCAUGGACAUGCUGCAGGCAGUGCUGGCCGGGAAUCGUGACCAAGAGGAUAUCAGCUUUCUGAAUCUGUUCCACCUUGUAAACGCUCAGGCUAACUUCCACAAGGAAAUACUCUACCUGACCAUGAGAAGUGGCAGCAACACCAUCUGAUGCUGCGGAGUUCACAGACUCUUGCUCUGCUCCUCUGGAGCUCUGCCCCUCACACUCAGCAGCACUGAGGAAGCGGGUCAGGGCCCUUUGCAUUGGGAACACAAACCACAUUCUUUUCCCACUGUGUAUGUUUGCACACGCAGUAAAAAUGGCACAGUUUUCACAUUUGAUGCACACGCACGAAGCAAAGAAUGUUAUCUUAGGUCAGGACCAAAAACAUUUUGAUCUUUUAGUUGUGUUUUCUCUUGGGAAUCCGGGGAGAAAAGAAAAGGCAGACAGAAUUAGGGAAGCACAGCCACAUUUUUCCAUGUGUCCAAACACACAUUUUCUGCUGUGGUCCCUCUGAGUAACAUUUCCAUCUUGCAACAGAAGCGCUCCACACAGUGUACGUUCAGCUGUGGCAGAAAGAGGUGAUUCCCAAAAGAAACUGAACUGCUUUGACUACGUGAGGCCUUUCUGUUGUUCUCUCUCCCCAGACUGAGGGCGCCCUCAGGUCCUUCCCCUGCCCACAUAGCAACAGAGCUGUUAAGGUACGUAUAACCAUAACUAAGUUAACGACACGUUAAACACGCAUAGGCUAAGAUCACCAUUUCAUUCAAGUAUAUAAACGUUUGCUACUUACAGAACCCUUUGAUUUUCUGCUCUAUUGCCUUCAAACCAACGUAUGUAAUGCAAAAUAAAAAGCACUUUGCUGUGCACCGCU